AUGAUUAACAUCAACUCAGAGUCAGGAGAUAUAAUCAGCCUGCAGUCUUUUAAUUACGAGGAGUUAAAAACAUUCCAGUUUAAAGUUCAGGCCACAGACUCUGGUGUUCCUCCGCUCAGCAGCAACGUGACUGUCAACGUUUUAAUCCUGGAUGAAAAUGACAACAGUCCCACGAUUCUCGCGCCAUAUUCUGAGCACGGCUCCGUUAACAGUGAGAGCAUCCCCUAUUCUGCUGAAGCGGGAUACUUUGUGGCAAAGAUCAGGGCUGUAGACGCAGACUCUGGAUACAAUGCGCUGCUUUCUUAUCACCUGUCUGAGCCCAAAGGAAACAACCUGUUCAGGAUCGGAACCAGCACCGGGGAGAUCAGGACUAAGAGGAGAAUGAGUGACAAUGACCUCAAAACUCACCCCUUGGUGGUCUUGGUCUCUGAUAAUGGAGAACCCUCCCUGUCAGCUACUGUGUCUAUUGAUGUGGUGGUAGUUGAAAGCACGGCUGAAAUCCAGACUCAGUUCAGACAUGUGCCUGUAAAGGAGGACAGCUUCUCGGAUUUGAACCUGUAUCUACUGAUCGCCAUUGUGUCGGUGUCCGUCAUCUUUCUGCUCAGCCUCAUCACUUUAAUAGCAGUCAGAUGCCACAGGACAGACGGCACUUUCAGCAGGUACAGCGCCCCCAUGAUCACCACCCACCCUGACGGGAGCUGGUCUUACUCUAAAGCUACUCAGCAGUAUGACGUGUGUUUCAGCUCAGACACGCUCAAGAGUGACGUAGUGGUUUUCCCCGCCUCGUUUCCACCUGUAGAUGCAGAACUGAUCAGUAUUAACGGAGGAGACACUUUUACUAGGACUCAGACUUUACCUAGCAAAGAGAAGGUAAGAAAUUAGCAAAAACAAUGCAAUGCAUAAAUUCAUGCCUAAGACCUUAGGUAAUCUCCCUGUUUUGUUUCUUUGUUGUUCUUGUUUUUAAGUGGAAUA